CUCACAGAUACAUUACAGUUCAGUUCGUAUUCAAUACAAUGAGAAGACAGUUGGUGAUGACUAAAGCUUGUUCUGAAAAGAUAUUUUCAAGACCCAAUCCUAGUUUGAGUGACAUGGCCACGAAGACAACCACCGCCAUGGGCCAAACUAGCAGUCCACGGGAAGAGGACACCCCUCCGAUGACAGUGGACACAAUUCGCCCCGUCAUGGAUUCUUUCUUCAGAUGGAUUGAACCCAGGCAGUGGGCACGUUUGCUCUCAGGAAACCCUGAUGAUGAAACCAGGUUCAUGCUGGCGGAGCUGCUAACAGACAUCAUGGCGCUCUUUACAAAAUCCAUGCUGGCAGAAGUCUCAAGAAGAGGAGUCAAGCCUUGGGAGGACCUGUUGACCAGUUUGGAGGACGCACUACCUCGAGCUUUGUCUCAAGCUCUGGACGUUCCACACGAGGUUUGCCGGGAGACCUCGAACUCUUUAAGGAGCAUCAUGUUCAGAGAGAUAGGAGCAACGUGUGUCAACUCCAUUUACCGUAGCAUUUACCCUGUGACUCCAUAUAGACCCAUUGCCAUCCUGACAUUGGAUGAAAUGGUUGCCUCCACCAUUAAAAUGCUACAGAAGUGCACAGAGAAAAAGAAACUGCUCCGCUGCACUUUGAAAGAGAAACCUGCACCAGUAUAUCUGACAAGCAGGACUGAGGGCUUCUUCAAAAAGCCACUUCGCACAGCGUCACCUCCUGCACCAGAACAGACGCCCGACGCUACAGAGGUCACCCCUGUGGACAUCUUUGUGCCUCUAGACACAACAAUGGAAGAAGUAUUUGUGAGCAGCAUUGCGGAAAACCUGAUUUCCAGGGCCCUUAAAAAGUCAAAGAGGACCUGCGCUGCAGAAACCCUAGACGCUAUGCACCAACGGCUGUACAACAAACUCUGGGCUGAAGUUGAGAGACAAGGUUAUAACAUUAACCUGGACAAGCUGAAAGACGUGGACAAGGCAAUUUUCAAAGACAUCUACAAAAGGUUGCAUGGUCCCAAAUCAGCUAUGUGGAUCCCCAUGAUCUAUCGAGGUCCACAAAUGGAAGACAUCAUCGUGUCGUGUUUUAAAAAGCAACUGAAGAGACUAUCGGAGGAACGUGGCAUCAUCGCAGCCAUAGGGAGAACUUUCAACAACCUUACAGUCGGCCCCACAGUACCAGUGUUUUAAAGCUGAACAACAUCAUCACUGAUGAUUCCAACAGAGAGCUCAAGCAGGAGGCUACCUUCAAGUGAGGAUACCUUCCCCUCCACUGACUGCUGCAAGACAGAGAGCAGUGGAGGGUUUGGUUACUUACGUCUGGGGACACCUUCUCCUCCACUAGUUGCUGCGAGUCAGAGAUCAGUGGAGGAGGGGGUUUAACCAUGUGGGGACACUUCCUGUUCCUGCCUGUUUGUGGGAUUACCCUUUCCUCUGCUGGAAUCCGCUAGACGGAGACCAGUGGAGAAGGGGGACGCCUACAAAUGGGUCGGGACUAAGCUCAUAUCGUCAUCAUGAUGGACACUGGUACCUCCUGACAACUAGAGGGCGAGGGAUCGAUUCCCCGACUUCCUUGAAGCAUCUGUGCUGCUG